AUUGUAGUGUUAUUUAAGACAUGUCCUAAAUUUUGUGUAUGCUGAUAUAUCUUGUAGAAAAAGCCACAAAUGAGUAUAACACUACAGAAGAUUGGAGUCUUAUUAUGGAUAUAUGUGACAAAGUUGGAAGCACUCCUAAUGGAGCUAAAGAUUGCCUUAAAGCCAUAAUGAAAAGGGUAAAUCACAAGGUUCCUCAUGUUGCUCUGCAGGCUUUAACUCUUCUUGGGGCUUGUGUGGCAAACUGUGGAAAGAUAUUUCAUUUAGAAGUAUGUUCCCGUGAUUUUGCAACAGAAGUACGUGCUGUGAUUAAAAAUAAGGCUCAUCCCAAAGUAUGUGAAAAAUUGAAAUCCUUAAUGGUGGAGUGGUCAGAAGAAUUUCAAAAGGAUCCUCAGUUUAGUCUAAUAUCUGCAACUAUUAAAUCUAUGAAAGAAGAAGGAAUUACUUUUCCUCCAGUGGGUUCUCAGACUGCCUCAGCUGCUACCAAGAAUGGUACGUCACUGAACAAAAACAAAGAAGAUGAAGAUAUAGCUAAAGCUAUUGAAUUAUCACUGCAAGAGCAGAAACAGCAACACACAGAAACAAAAUCCUUAUAUCCAUCCGCAGAAAUUCAGUUAAAUAAUAAGGUUGCUCGGAAAGUGAGAGCUUUAUAUGAUUUUGAAGCUGUUGAGGACAAUGAACUCACCUUCAAACAUGGUGAAAUUAUUAUUGUUUUGGAUGACAGUGAUGCCAAUUGGUGGAAAGGAGAAAAUCACAGAGGAAUAGGACUUUUCCCAUCCAAUUUUGUAACAACUAAUUUAAACAUAGAAUCUGAGGCAGAACUUGAAGCUGUGUGCAUCAAGUAUUAUACUAUCUUUACAUAUCCAGUUCAACCACAUAGUGGAAACUAUAUGGGUCAAAGCAUUCACCAAGUAACUGUUGCCCAAAGCUAUAGCCUGGGACUGGAUCAGAUUGGUCCGCUGAGAUCUCUGCCUCCAAAUGUGAAUUCCUCUGUGACAACACAGCCUGGUCAAACUCUAUAUUUAAGCACUGGACAAGACACUGUUUCCAAUCCUACUUACAUGAACCAGAACUCUAACCUUCAAUCAGCUACUGGUGCAGCUGCUUACACACAGCACAUGGGGAUGUCUGUGGAUAUGUCGUCUUACCAGAACACUACUUCCAGUUUGCCACAGCUGGCAAGCUUUCCCGUGGCAGUUCCAGCUCACUCAGUUGCACAACAGCAAACAAAUUACCACCAGCAGCCGCUCCUUUAGAAACAAACUAAGCAUUUUCUUGAAAGUCUUCCUAAGUGUAUUACAAAACCUUUGUGAUUCUAACCUGAAAAUAUUAAAAGAAAACCUUUUCCCUCUCAACUCAAAAGGACCAUGAAUAAAUAAAGCACAAAAACCUAUCUUA